CGUCCAUGAAGCUGAGCCUCCUGGUUCCCGUAGGUCGCAGACCCUCCCCACCCUGAAGCUCGCGCUUCGUCCCUCCCACGGAGUUUAUAUAAAGCUAGCUCAACCAACUGUGUCUCCUGGCUAAGUCUUGUUGAUGGUGAGGUUCUGUGAAAGAAGGAUGAAAUUCUUCGUAGCUGUCACCGUCAUUGUGGGAUCACUGCUGUUUCUCGGCUUCCCUAAUGGCUCUUCGGCUGACGAGAAGAAGAAAGGCCCCAAAGUAACUGCAAAGGUUUACUUUGACAUCAGAAUCGGAGAUGAAGACGUGGGAACGGUUGUCAUCGGCGUCUUUGGCAAAACUGUUCCCAAAACCGUCGACAACUUUGUCGCUCUGGCAACAGGAGAGAAAGGAUUCGGUUACAAGGGCAGUAAGUUCCACAGAGUCAUCAAACAGUUCAUGAUCCAGGGCGGAGACUUCACCAGAGGAGACGGCACUGGAGGCAAGAGCAUCUAUGGAGACCGUUUCCCUGACGAGAACUUCAAGCUGAAGCACUACGGCCCCGGCUGGCUCAGCAUGGCCAAUGCCGGCAAAGACACAAACGGCUCCCAGUUCUUCAUCACCACAGUCCAGACGCCGUGGUUGGACGGCAAACACGUAGUCUUCGGGAAAGUUUUGGAAGGCAUGGAUGUCGUCACAAAAAUUGAGAACACAAAGACAGACGGUCGCGAUAAACCUCUGAAAGACGUCACCAUCCACAACUGCGGCAAGAUCGAGGUGGAGAAGCCAUUUGCAGUCGCCAAGGAGUAGAGCGCAACUCGUUAAAACGGGCGGGUUGGGGUUGGGAGGCCAGGGGUGCAUAAAUGGACCGGGGUCUUGAUGUCGGGCCACUUUCUUUUUAAUUUUUUAUUUUUUUGUCAGUAAGAAUCACGCUGUCUGGAGGGAAGAAGAGCACAUUCUGCGUAGGUUUGGCUGCCAUCUUAAUGCACCAGAACAACGUUAAUGCAGUCAUGAAUCUGGGUCCACUUUACCAACAAGCAUUCCAAGGUGCACUUAACUGAUUAUUGUUGGGCUAUUUUGUAAAAAAAAACAACAAUUAAGUGAAAAUGAUGGGAAAUAAAGGUUCCAUGUUUUCUUAAA